AUGGAACCUGGAAUAGCAGAACGAGAAAGAUUAGAGAAUUCCAGAGGAGCUUCCCAAUCGGAGUUGACAAAAGAUCGAAGCUUUCUAUUAGAGUUGAUACUGAAUAGGAGUUUUCAAUCAAAGUCGACGCGAAAUAAACGCGAGCACGGAGGAGAAGAUGAUGAUUCAGAGAACUUGAAAAACAAGUAUGACAUUGAGGAAGCUAGAGAACAGAAGAAUGAUUUUAGCAGCUAUGUGAAGUAUCAGAUGGUAGAUGAAAGGUCAGUGGAAACCCAAAGUCACGAACUUCAAAAAUUGCUCGAGAUAAUCAUUGAAGAAGAAGAUCUAGUAAAUCUUCAAGAAGCCUUGUCAUCUAUGGAUGCAUAUUUAUGGCAAGAAGCUAUAAACAAUGAGUUUCUCUCUGAAAAUGAGAGAGAAAGCUCUCAGAUUUUGGAUGAUUUUGGUGAAGUGUGGAUGAAAAAAAACGGUGAAGUGAGAGGGAGAGUGGUUUAUAUGGUUGCUGAAGGAGAGAAAGCAGUUAGAGUUGAAGAGAUGUUUUUGAUUGUUUGGUUUUCUGUUAUUGGGUUAGAGGUUAGGGAAUUCUGUUAUGGUAGUUAUAAUUGGUUAGGACAGACUGGACGUGAAACAGAACUCAUUAAAGAAAUUGUUGCCGAAGUAUGGAAAAGGUUACAACCUAAAUUGCCACAGUAUGAUGAUGAAUUGGUUGGAAUUGAUUCGAGGAUAAACACCAUGUGUUCACUUUUAAGGACAGAGUCUCAGGAAAUUCGCUUUGCGGGGAUAUGGGGCAUGGGCGGCAUAGGAAAGACAACUCUAGCCAAACUUGUGUAUAAGAAAAUCCAUAACCAAUUUGAUUUCAGUUGCUUUCUUGAGAAUGUUAGAGAGGUUUCUAGCGAAAGAGAUGGUCUGCUUUGCUUACAAAGAAAAUUGCUUUCAAAUCUAAAAAUAAGCAGCUUGAGAAUUGAAAGUUUGGACCAAGGAAAGGAGACAAUACGGAAUCUUUUAUUCAACAAAAAAGUUCUCCUUGUCCUUGAUGACCUAAGUUCUGAUAUCCAACUAGAGAAUUUAGCUGGAAAGCAAGAAUGGUUUGGUCCUAGAAGCAGGGUAAUAAUAACAACUAGAGACAGGCAUCUCCUAGUAUCACUAGGCGUGUGUGAAACUUAUGAUGCUCAAAUCUUAAACAGAGAUGAAUCCCUUCAACUUUUUUGUCAAAAAGCUUUUAGAAGAGCAAAACCUAAAGAAGAUUUCAUUGAGUUGUCAAAACGGGUGGUUCAAUAUGCUGGAGGUAUUCCCUUGGCACUCAAAGUGUUGGGUUCAUUCCUUUGUGGACGAAGGGCAUCUGUAUGGGAAGAUGCGUUGAAAAUGUUGCAGCAGGAUCUGCAAAAUGAUGUUUACAAGACAUUAAGAAUAAGUUACGAUGGAUUGCGGGAUAUGGAAAAGGCAAUAUUCUUAGAUAUUGCUUGUUUUUUCAAAGGGAAGCCCAAGGAUCAUGUAACACAAAUAUUGAAAAAAUGUGGUCUUAAUCCAUUGAUAGCUAUAGAUGUUCUUAUUGAAAAAUCAUUGAUAACUGAUGAUGGGUGGCAUUUGAGGAUGCACGAUUUGCUGCAAGAAAUGGGUAGAAAUAUUGUUCUGCAUGAAUCUCUUAAUGAUGCCAGUAAGCGGAGUAGGUUGUGGUCUGUCAAGGACAUUGAUCAAGUAUUGAGAAGUAAUAAGGGAACUGAAUCCACUCAAGCUGUAGUUCUAAGUCUUCCUGAUCCUGAAGCAUUCGAAGCAAGUUGGAACCCUGAAGCUUUUGCAAAGAUGGGUAAUCUUAGAUUGCUCAUGAUACUAAAUAAAUUGCAACUUCCACUUGGUCUCAAAUGUCUUCCCAGUGGGUUAAAAGUGCUUGUGUGGAGGGAAUAUCCUCUUGAGUCAUUGCCAGUUGGAGACCAAUCGAAUGAACUUGUUGACCUUGAUAUGUGUCAUAGCAAAAUAAAGCACCUUUGGAGAGGAAUGAAGCUUCUGGAAAAUUUGAAGACCAUUAAUUUGAGAAAUUCCAAAAAUCUACAUCAAACUCCAGAUUUCACUGGAAUUCCAAAUCUUGAAAAAUUGGAUCUUGAAGGCUGCAUAAACCUGGUUGAGGUUCAUGCUUCUCUUGGACUUCUUAAAAAGCUUUCAUAUGUGACAUUAGAAGAUUGCAAAAAUCUUAAAAGCCUUCCGGGAAAAUUGGAAAUGAAUUCUUUGAAGCUUCUCAUUCUAUCAGGCUGCACAGCAGUUAGAAAGCUUCCUGAUUUUGGGGAAAGCAUGACAAAUCUAUCCAUACUUGCUUUGGAUGAGAUUUCCAUAGCUGAACUACCUCCAACUAUUGGUUACUUGACAGGUCUUCAUAGCUUGGUUUUACGGGAAUGUAAAAAUAUUGUUUCCCUUCCAAAUACCUUUUCUAAGUUGAAAUCUCUCAAAAGGCUCAACCUAUCUGGUUGCUCAAAAUUUUCCAAGCUUCCUGAUAAUUUGCAUGAAAAUGAGGCUUUGGAGUGUCUUAAUGUGAGUGACAGUGCUAUAAGAGAAGUUCCUCCAUCCAUUGUCCAUUUGAAAAAUCUUGUAUUACUUUUAUUUCAUGGAUGCAAAGGAAUUGCAUGGACCUCAGAGAGCUCCCGCCUCCCUUUGGGUAAGUUUUUCAGGUUUGGUACUCAUACAAUGCCCAAGAAAUUGAUCUUACCUUCUUUUUCUGGUUUAUCCUCAUUGAAGAAACUAGAUUUAAGCUAUUGCAAUCUCUAUGAUGAAUCAAUUCCGGAUGAUCUUGGCUGUUUAUCAUCAUUGGUAACAUUAGAUUUAAGUGGGAACAAUUUUGUGAACCUUCGUGAUGGCUGCAUAUCUAAACUAUCAAAGCUAGAAAGACUUGAGUUGAAGAGUUGCCAAAACCUGCAAUCAUUGCCUAAGUUACCACCAAAUGUACAUUUUGUAAAUGCAAGUGAUUGUGGUUCAAUGGAACCCUUAUCAAAUCCACAAGAGAUAUGGGGUCACUUGGCAUCAUUUGCCUUUGACAAGUUGCAAGAUGCAAGUCCAAUUAAAACUUUAUUGGUAAGUCCUGGAAACGAAAUUCCGUCGACAUUUUUCUAUCAAAAUUAUUUUGAUCGGGACAUACAAUAUUUAAAAGAUAACUACAUAUGGGCUGAUUCUACUGUGUCAAUAUCAACGGAUAUAGCUCAGCUUUGUCAACGGUAUGAUAGAAGUGAAUGGUGGGGAAUGUUAGUCUGUCUUGUCGUAGAAGAUGUGGCUUCUUCUACACCUUCCCAGGACUAUCGUGUCGGUUGGAUUUCAAAAGUUCCUGCUACUACAAAUAAUAUUUUGGGUCAGCUAUGUCAAAAGUUGUUGGAGCAUGGUUUCAUUUCUGGGGUACCAAAUUCCAAGCACCCUCAUCUAUUGGUUUUGUAUAUUCCUGUUCCUUCUUCCCGUUGGUGUUAUGUUCAAGACAAGUUUCAGUUAAUAUUUUUCAGCUCUAGUCUUAAGAGUAAGUUAGUUAUAAAGAAAUGUGGGUGGCGCGUAUUAUGUAAGGAAGAUGCACAACUCAUGCGCAAAAGUCUGCCUGAAUGCAGCACUUCUUCUGCCAACCAAUGUGUCUCACGAGGAAAUUGCUUAUCUUCUCCUUUAACAUCUUGGAGAUGGAUAAGCCAUCUCAAGGUUCCCCGAUGUUUCAAGACUUUCCUGUUGGCAGUCCUAUGUGAACGCUUGCCUACUAUUGCAAAGUGCAGGUUCUGUACCAUGGAAGCGACUACUACUAUCCAUGUUUUAAGAGACUGUAGGCGAGCUUGUGCAAUUUGGGUUCAAAUGGUUCCUCCUCAAGUGCGUGAAGAGUUUUUUUCAAUUUCUCUUCAUGAUUGGAUGCAUAGGUUCCUUCAGAAGUCCUGGUUGCCAAAUAACUGUGAAGACUAUGAUGCUGACUGCUUGAGGUUUUCAGUCACCACUUUUCUUCUCUGGAAGGAUGGAAAUAAUUCCAUCCCUGAGGGAGAUUCUCUAACAGAUAAUGGUUUGUAUUCUAUGAUCAAGUCUCUAGUACAAGAACACACCUCACCUACCAGGCAUUUUAUUAAGUUGAAUGUGGACAGUUGUUGCAUGGAAAAUCCUAGAAAUGCUGGUUAUGGGGGUCUCUUUCGUGAUGUGGAGGGGAAUUGGCUUGGUGGGUUCUAUGGCUCUCUGGGCUUUGCAACUAACAUGAAAGCUGAGCUUUAUGCCAUUUGUCAAGGUUUGAUCACUGCUUGGGAUUUGGGUUACAAAAAUAUGUUAGUUGAAACUGAUUCUUUGGAAGCUAUCAAUCACAUUGAAGAGGCCAAUAUUGAGCAUGAUGCCUAUCGUAGCUUGGUGGCUGACAUACGCUCUCUCAUGAAAAGAAAUUGGUCCCUAAAUUUGGUCCAUUCUCUCAGAGAAGAUAAUGCUUGUGCAGAUAUUUUAUCGAGACUUGGAGCUGAGCAGCACGAGGUCUAUUGCUUCCAUGCUUAUCCACCACAACAGCUUCAGCGGGCAUUGAUUGCCGAUGCCCUCCGUGUUCAACUUCCUUCCAUGUAGUUCUUUGUUAUUUCAUUUUCCUUUGUCAAGUUCUUUGUUAUUUCAUUUUCCUUUUCUGCUUGACAAAAAAAUGUUUCAAGGAUUUCCUUUUCUAGUUCUUUGUAAGGAUGGUGAUUUUUUAUUUGGAGAAAAAAAUAAAUGAACGAAAAUAAUAAUAAAUGGCCCAUGCAGGUCUCGAACCUGCGACCUUCGCGUUAUUAGCACGACGCUCUAACCAACUGAGCUAAUGGGCCAGUUGUUAGAGUUGUCACAAAUUAACAUUAUAUUACCAAUUUAAUUGAGAUUGCCAUGUUUGCAGAGCAAGUGUGGUGUUCCAUUUAGUUGAGAUUGAUUGCGGAAUUCCUGUUGAUUAUCAUGUUGAAUAGGUCUCAUAACUUUUUGUACAGUCAAAUAUAGAUUUCAAAUUUUUGAAUGCUAAUGGAGUAUUUUGUCAAUUCUGUUGCUUGGAUUGUUGUUUUACGAGAUAAUGUAUCCUUGGUUUUUGUCGAGGUUUGUCUUUACUGAUGCACUGGUCAGGCUGGUGCAGUUGACCUUGAAAUGGACGGGAUGGAACUUGAUACAUCUGCUGCUUGCUACAAUCAUGAGUUGCCAGCUUGCACAUUUGAGCUGCUGAUUAUACUAUCCAACUUGGUUGGUCUGCUUCAGACUCACAAUUACCAAGAUCUUAUUUUCUCUCAAAUUCCUAAAGAUUUCAUAUCUACAUGCUGCAAUGACUGAAGAUAUUGUUUUGGAUACAUUAUUUGUCCUUUUCAUUUACAAGUAGUAAAGAAAACAUGAAAUUUUGUGUACACUGCAUUUAUUUUGUCAGGAAAUCUCUACAUUGAAAUGUAUAAAGGAUGCUUUGGUUAAAUUUGUAAUGUAUCUGUCAGUAUCAGUGUUCA